AUGGGGACACCUCCCACCGUCCCUGGGGGAUCCAGCCCGGCCUUGGGCACUCGGAAGUACAGCUGGGCUGGGGAGUGGAGACUGCACAGAUACCUGGCCAGGGUGACAGACACAGAAGCCACGGACACGAGGAACCCGAACCUGAACUACGGGAUCGUGGUGGAUUGUGGCAGCAGCGGCUCCAGGGUGUUUGUGUACUGCUGGCCCCGGCACAAUGGGAACCCCAAGGACCUGCUGGACAUCCAGCAGAUGAGGGACAGCAACAGGAAACCCGUGGUGAUGAAAAUCAAACCAGGGAUUUCAGAGUUUGCCAGCUCUCCUGACAAGGUCAGUGAUUACAUCUCCCCCCUGCUGAGCUUCGCUGCCAAGCACGUGCCACGCUCCAAGCACAAGGAGACCCCUCUGUACAUCCUGUGCACAGCAGGCGUCUAUGCAUGGAUUGGGAUCAAUUUUGUCCUUGGAAGAUUUGAGCACACAGAUGAUGAGGAUGAGGCCGUGGUGGAGGUGCCAGGGAAGGAGCCCCACGAGCCCAUUUUCCGGAAGCGCACCGUGGGGAUCCUGGACAUGGGCGGGGUCUCCACGCAGAUCGCCUACGAGGUGCCCCAAAGUGUAAGCCUUGCCUCCCCUCACCAGGUCAUUAUCCCUCCAUUCCCUCUUCCCUCUGCCAUGAUUUGGACCUCAUGUUCCAUAAGAAAUCCUAAAUUCACUAAAGCUGCACAGGAUUACUGUGCCACCAGGUGGUCGGUGCUGCGCGAACGCUUCGAGCGCGGCCUCUACGCCCCCCACGCCGACCUGCACCGCCUCAAGUUCCAGUGCUUUAAAUCCGCCUGGAUGUUCGAGGUUUUCCACCGGGGCUUUUCCUUCCCCGAGAGCUACGGCAGCCUGCGGACGGCGCUGCAGGUCUAUGACAAGGAGGUGCAGUGGACCCUGGGGGCCAUCCUGUACAGGACCCGCUUCCUGCCCCUCAGGUACCCCGGGGAGGGGCAGUUUGGGAUGGGGACAGGUGGUGAUCCCUCCAAUUGGGAUUUUUUACAGCCAAAACGGGCUCUGAUUCCUGCCCUGAGCCAAGCUGGAAGUGGAAUUUUGCCUCCUAAGUGUGGCCCUUGUCCCUCUCAAAAAUCUGGGAAAAUCCUGUGGGAGGGGAUUUUGGGGAUGGGAACUCGUGGUUUUUAGAGCCUCAAAUUGUGC